UCGUCGUGAAAGGUUCGUUGCGCGCGCGGAAAAACUGAAAAGUCUCGAAGCGAAUUUCGAACGGAAAAGUGCUACAAAAUAAGGCGAGUGCAAUUCCUCGACCUGCGAACGCCGGUGGCUAAGGUUGCCAAGAAGCCUCGCAAUUAAAUCUAUUUUCGCCGACAUUAAUACACAAACCGAAAGCAAAAACAAAACGCAAUCGCUGGCAAAUCAAUUGCUUAAGGAAUUGAGUACUAUUUACGUAUGUUAUGUCAUGGAAAGUCUCUGAGCAAAUCUCUUGAAUAAGUUCGGAAAAUAUUUUUGUGAAAUUUUUGCAACCAUUUGAAAACUACACAUAAAAAAUAAAAGAAAAACAAAAAGUGCCAGACACGCGCGUAAUUUUUUGCACAAUUUUUCUAGCGGCGUCGAAGAGAAACUCCGCGCUCUCAGCGUUUCCUCCUCCUCGUCCUCCUCCUUAACCGCCCACCAGCUCACGUUUACUACCACUUUUAUUGCUAACGCGUGUUUUUGGGGCCUUUUGUUUUGUGCGCUCGUAUUUGUUGGCCGUGUGUCUCAGUGUGUGUGCGUGUUAGCCGGCAAGUGCAUUUGUGUGUGUUGCCGCGAACAGCUGUUCACCAGACAGCAUGCAGAAGUAAAUACGAAAAGCGAAUAGUGGUGCCCAGAUAAAUCGCAAUCCCCAAUUCGCGGUUUAAAAGAUAAAUCUCAGAGUUCAAUCGCAAAUUUCGCAACAAUCAUCCAUCAAAAUGGCGGCCAGGAGCAUCCGGCUGGCGCAGCUCUUGCUAUUCACCCUGCUCUGCGGUCUAGUUGGCCUGUCAGCCGCCAAGCACCUGGAUUUGGACGGGGGCGGCAGCUCAGUGCACCACCACCAGCACCACCAGCACAGCGCCACCACGCACCACCGACGUCGCCUGCAGCGGGACUCGCGGGCAAAGGACGCGGCGGACGGACAGCCCCACCAGUGCGAGGUCGUCAAGAAGUACUUCGAGACGUUCGACAUCAAGUCGAGUGGGACUUACAACGAAAAAGGCGCCAUUUGCGGAGGAAGCUGCUGCAACAAUGCCACGGAGCUGGAGCUGCGUGACAAAGCCGCCGCGAUGUUCAAGAAUCUGCUGCACCACCACACCAGCAGCCUGCGCGGAGUCCUCGAGACGAAUGCCAAACAAUUCCAGGGUCACGUCCUGGAAUUGGCUCAGAUUUCGGAGAACAUGACCCACACCCUCUUCUCCACGGUCUACUUCAAUAUGGUGCCGCAAUCCCGCAUGAUGAUCCAUCAAUUGUACACGGAAAUCAUGAACCAUUUGAUCUACACCUCGAACUACACGAACAGCAAUGGGCAGCUGGGUAGGCGUGGCAUUGGGAGUGUCCAGAGCAACUUGGAGGAGGCUGUGAGGCAGUUCUUCGUGCAACUAUUCCCGGUUGCAUACCACCGGGAGGUGCACCUGUCCAAGAACAACAUGGGCGAUCUGCACGAGGACUAUGUGAACUGCCUGAAGCACAACUUCGACGAGAUGCGUCCCUUCGGGGACAUUCCCCGCCAGCUGCAGGCCAGUCUCGGCCAGAGUGUCCACAUGUCCAAUGUCUUCAUGAACGCCCUGCUCCAGGCCGCCGAGGUUCUUAGCGAGGCGGAUGGCCUUUAUGGCCAGCAACUGACCGACACGUGCAAGCAGCAGCUCCUCAAGAUGCACUACUGCCCCAACUGCAAUGGCCACCAUUCGGGGAGCGGAACCAAACUGUGCGACGGCUACUGCAAGAACGUGAUGCGCGGCUGCUCGGCGGAAUUCGCUGGCCUGCUGGACAGCCCCUGGUCGAGUGUGGUGGACGCCCUCAGCAACCUGGUGACCACCCACAUUCUGUCGGACAGCGGCAUCAUCAACGUCAUCAAACAGCUGCAGCCCAAGCUCUCCGAUGCAAUUAUGGCCGCCAUGAACAAUAGCCCUGAUUUGGAGCAAAAGGUGAAGAAGACGUGCGGCACGCCCAGCCUGACGCCCUAUUCCAGUGGAGAGGCGGAGGCACGGCCUCCGCUCCACAAGAACAACAUCAAGUGGGCCCAGGCCCCGGAUCCGGGCAUGGUCGUCUUACUUGCCACCAUCGACAAGAGCAAGGAGUUCUACACGACCAUCGUGGACAACUUCUGUGACGAGCAGCACUCUCUCAAGGAUCACUGCUGGACAGGCGAUCGCUUCGGAGACUACACCCAGCUGCUGAUUGACCCGGGAACCGAUAGACAGCGCUACAAUCCCGAAGUGCCCUUCAAUCCGAAUACACAGGUCAGCCAGCUGAACGAGCUGGUCGACAAGCUCAUCAAGAUCCGCAAGAGCGUUGGAGCUGCGGCACCUUCCAACAGCAUACAGUCGUCGCACGACAUCCAGAAUGACAUGGGAGAAGGCUCCGGCGGCGGAGAGGGCCAGAUCAGCGACGACGAGGAGGAGUACGGAGGCGCACAUGGUUCCGGUGAUGGCUCCGGCGAUGGAUCCCACACGACCAUCGAGGACACCGAGGACUCCACAUCGAAUCAAGUGGAGCCGCGCGACGGGGACAAAACUAGUGGGUCGAACCCACUGGCGGCCACCGCGACGUGGAUGCUCCUCACUCUAGUCACAAUGCUCCUCAGCAGUUGCAGUUAAGGAUGCUGCCCCAUCCGCGGGAUUGGACACUAAUUGUGCCCCACAGCGAGGGCAAGGAAUGAAUAAGCCACAACAGCAACAGCAAAUGCACAAGAAUCGAGUUAAAUCAUUAAUUAAUAACUAUUAUCAUUAUUAUUAUUAUUUGUGUAAUUCUUAAGUUGUUACAAGUAAUUUAUUAGGCCCUAAGCGCAUUCAUCUAGCAAUCGACUAACAAUUCACACACCAGAAGCGAAAACUGAACUUUUGAAGCGCACCUCUCCUUCUAGCUUUUCCAAAUUUGGAGCUCAUCGAAUUUCCAUGCCGAAUCCAACUAGACUUGUGUGCCAUAUAAACGUGUUGGAGAUUUGCAUACGAAUCGAGUAAUCGCUAAAAAUAACUAUACGAAAAUUAAACAAAAUAUUCUCAGACUCAAGCCGAAACCCUUUCCAUAGAGUGUGAAGUUUGUUCAGAUACAUGUUAAUAUAUAUAGCGUACAGUACAUAAAGCUCAAUGUUCAAAGCAAGUUGUUCCUUUUCGGUGUAACUAAACAAGUAAACAAGUAAACAGUAACGAAAUCAGAUUCAAUGGCUAGUUCUUGGAGCGAUCACAAAUAUUAUACGUAAAGGAUAUAAAUCUGUUAGCUGUAGCUCAGUGAAUGUUAAACUUAAACUUAAACGAAAUUAUUGUUGUCUACACAUUUCGAACUGAACGAAUGCGAACAAUUUAGAAAUUGAUCAAUUGGGUAAUCGACGCGAAAUGCAUACGAAUGGAAUUUAGUUGAGUAAACGCACUUUACGGAAAAACUAGAAGACUUACAGCUUUAUACGCAAAACAAAAACAAAAACGAAGAAAAAACAAAAAAAAAACGAAACAAAAAUCGAUGAAAAUCUAUUGAUAUAUACGUAUAUUAUAUGUAGCAUUAUUUAAAUUAUAUUUGAAAAAGAAAAGAGAGAAGACCUUGGGGAAAUGUCAUGAAAUGCAUUCAGCUAAUUAGAGUUUAUGGAGCACUCGAAAUUCUGAGAGAAAGUGCAGAAAAGGCAGAGUUCAGCGCACAAAUCACAGUUCGCAAUUUGCAAAUCUGCAAAUCUGCAAUUCGCAAUCUGCAAUUUCAAACGAAACUAUUGUUGCAAUCUAACGGAUACUUUACAGUGGGGCAGAGCGCUGCUGAAUCAAAUCCAGAGAGCAGCGCUGGCGACACUCUAAAAAACAAAUAAAUAUAUAUAUACAAAUGAAUAUGAAAUAUGCAUUAAUACGAGUACGACGCCAGCGAUAAGAAUAAAGUCUAUAUAUACAUACAUAUAUAUAUAUAUAUAUAUAUAUGCGUAAAUGAAUUAACUAAUUAAAUCGUAAUUAUAUGCUAGUGCGUAAACUGUAACGAUUAGUUCGUAACGUGUAAAAAGCAAAAAGUUGACCGAGAACAACAAAUUUAGUUAGUAGCAAAUUAACAAAGGAAACGCCAACUGCCACCGCACACAUCAAAUUGGCAUAUAUAUCGCAUAUACACAUUCGAUCCGAUCCGAUCACGAUCAGAUCGUGUGUGUGCGGGCGCGCUGGUUGAACUAUGUAUAAUUAUUAUUUGUAUCAUUAUUAUUUAACUAUUGCAUGUGAUUAAUAAUAUUUAAGUUAAACGUAAACGCAACAUAUUAAAUUGUAACUUAUGUAUACCGCAAAAAAACAGCCACAUUGUGCGAUGGGAAAUCAUCGUUGUAAAUCUAUUUGGAGAUAACCAAAAUAAAUGUACUACGUUUAGAUGCCUAAAAACCAAUAAAUAAUUAUGUAACAAGAAA